AUGGCCGAGUCCGCGUCCCCCAUUGGCAUUGCCAACCUGCCAAACCAGAGGCACAAGAUUGUUGCAAAGCGCGGUGCUGCCUUCACCAUAAUGGUUGCUGGCGAGUCAGGUCUCGGAAAGACUACCUUCAUCAACACCCUCUUCUCCACCACCAUCAAGAACUAUGCCGACCACAAGCGACGACACCACAAGCAGAUGGACAAGACUGUCGAGAUUGAGAUCACCAAGGCCGAGCUCGAGGAGAAGUUCUUCAAGGUCCGCCUUACUGUUAUCGACACCCCUGGUUUCGGUGACUACGUCAACAACCGCGACUCGUGGCAACCCAUCAUCGAGUUCCUUGACGACCAGCACGAGUCGUACAUGCUGCAAGAGCAACAACCGCGCCGCUCUGAUAAGAUCGAUCUCCGUGUUCACGCCUGCUUGUACUUCAUCCGCCCCACCGGCCACACCUUGAAGCCCCUUGACAUUGAGGUCAUGAAGAAGCUAUGCACACGCGUUAACCUGAUCCCGGUUGUAGCCAAGGCCGACACAUUGAGCCCAACAGACCUGGCCAGGUUCAAGGCGAGGGUGCGCCAAGUGAUCGAUGCUCAGGGCAUCAAGAUCUACACUCCCCCACUCGAGGACGACGACGCUGCCGCCAUGCAGCACGCACGCGGCCUCAUCGACGCCAUGCCUUUCUCCGUUAUCGGUUCUGAGAAGGACGUUCAGACCAACGACGGCCGUACCGUCAAGGGCCGCCAAUACGCUUGGGGUGUUGCCGAAGUCGAGAACGAGGAGCACUGCGACUUCAAGAAGCUCCGCGCCAUCCUCAUCCGAACCCACAUGCUUGACCUCAUUCACACUACCGAGGAGAACCACUACGAGGCCUACCGUGCCGGCCAGAUGGAGACAAGGAAGUUUGGCGAGGCGCGCCCAAGGAAGCUGGACAACCCCAAGUUCAAGGAGGAGGAAGAGGCGCUCCGCAAGCGUUUCACCGAACAGGUCAAGGUUGAGGAGCAGCGCUUCAGGCAGUGGGAGCAGAAGCUCAUUGCUGAGCGCGAUCGCCUCAACAAGGACCUUGAGGCUAGUCACGCAGAGAUCAAGCGUCUUGAGGGCGAGGUGGACAACCUCCAGGGCAGCAUCAACCGCUCUCACGGUCGUCGCUAG